GUCAGUGAUAACAGCAAAAAAGUUCAUAUUAAAGUAAAAGAUUGCAAUUUCAACCAUUUAAAUAUAAUUUUUUGAUUGUAAAAAAUGAAUAAAGUUGUAUUUAUAUUAGUUAUUCUGUCAUUUUGCCGGAGUUCAAUCUCAGAUGAGGUUACAGUGCAAGUUGAUAGUCAUUCUUCAGAAAAUGAUACAUUUGUGCCAACAAAAGAUUGGCAAGUUAUCAAAGAAGGCCAAUCUAUACCUGCAGGAUUACAUGUAAGACUCAACUUAGAAACAGGAGUCAGGGAAGCGAAACUGCUAGAUGAUAGCGAAAUCGAAAAUGAGGAGAAAAAAAAUACUGAACUCAAUAUUGUGCCAGAUGACAGCCAAAAUAAAUCAGAAGAAGAAGAAGAUCCUAUAACAAUAAGUAAAUAUUUGGAAGAUGCUAUUAAACAAGCAAAUGAAAGUCCAGAACAAAUUGAAUAUAUAUCGCAAGAAACAGAGGAACGCAUCAAAAAAACUUAUAAGGAUUAUAAACAACUUAAAAAAGACUAUGCCGAAAUGAAAUCAAGUUUUAAAACAGAAAUGGAAUUUAUUACAGAACUUCUCGAAGAAUUUAAUAAUACAAAAGAUAAAGAAUACCUAUCUUCUAAUAUAAUAAGUUUAUUACAAGAUUUUAAUUAUUUAGUUGAUCAAAUUGAUAAUGCAGUAUGGUUUAUUGAUUCAGGUGGUUUAAAUAAUGUUAUUUUACCAAUGGUCGUUAAUCAAACAUAUUUACCAUACAGAGUUGCCUCUUUAAGGUUGUUAGGUACUCUAACACAAAAUAAUCCAAAAGCUCAAAUUAAAGUCUAUGAAAAUAAUUUCGGUUCUUAUAUAGUUAACGUUCUUUUACAAUCAAGUGAUUCAGAUGAAUUAUCAACUGCAGUAUAUGCAUUUGGAAGUUUAUUAAGAAAAUUUCCUUUAGCACAAAAAGAAAUAUUAUCGCAGUCUGGAACUAAAGCUUUAAUAUCACUGUUACAAAAAGAUAUUGAUUUAAAAAUUAAGUCUAAAGUUUUAACACUAAUUGGCGAUUUAUUAGUAGACAAAGAAAAUGUUCUUCAAUUAAAUGAAUCCAAUUCAAUAGAUUUAGAUAAAAUAAAUCAAUAUGCUGAAGUUAAUUUAUUACAAUGGUUAAACGAUAAUGAAUAUUGUUUAACAAUAACUGAAUUCAUCAAUAAAAGUUAUUUAGAAAUUAUAAGAAAACCAGAUAUCGCUGAGGAUUUAAUUGAUGGAAUGAAUUAUACAAGUAGCUUGUGCCAAAAAUUAUGGUCAGAAAAUUAUAAUUUUAUGAAAAUUUUAAAAAAUAUUGAAAUAAACUUUUUAAAUUCCGGUGAAGAAUAUCAAGUUGAAGUUGGAGAAAAAAUAGAAAAUUUAAUUUCAAAUAUAGGUGGUAAAUAUGAAACA